ACACCGACCAACGCCCCCGUCAAGUCCGAUCCGAGUGUUGACGAUCACCUCCGAGCUUUUCUUAACAUGUCAAUCAGGUACUGAACUCAAUUCUCGUGACAAAAUGAGCGACAGAGGUCUAUCGGAUGAGCUGGCGGCGGCGGCGUGCAAAGAUGGAGACCCUAUUACGAAGGAUUUCAUGAUGCAGCAGACGAUGCUGCGAGUGAAGGAUCCGAUUAAAUCCUUGGAUUUCUACACCAGGAUCCUUGGCAUGACUUUGCUGCAGAGGUUCGACUUCCCCUCCAUGCGCUUCUCCCUUUUCUUCCUGGGCUACGAAGACAAGAACGAGAUCCCCGGCGACGUGAAGGAGAGGACGUCGUGGACUUUCUCUCGCAGGGCCACCAUCGAGUUGACGCAUAACUGGGGUUCCGAGUCUGAUGAAAGCCAGUCGUACCACAACGGAAACUCGGAUCCACGUGGCUUUGGACACAUCGGUAUCGCGGUGCCGGACGUCAACAAGGCUUGCAAGCUGUUUGAAGAGCAAGGCGUCACCUUCGUCAAGAAACCUGACGACGGAAAAAUGAAAGGACUAGCCUUCAUCCAGGACCCCGAUGGCUACUGGAUCGAGAUCCUGAGUCCCAACAACAUGAUUUCUAUCACCUCUUGAAAAAAAAAAAAAGGAAAAAGAUGCAUGGCAAUUUGGAUGCAUGCAAGAUGGAGGCAUGCAAGCUGCUCUAAAAUGGGACGUUUGGAUUUAAUACAUGAGCUUUUUUUGUUGUUCUGCAAUAACUCAAGUUUGUGUGAAAGUAAAUACAGAAUGCACGUUGUUUUAUGCUGCUCGAGAUAAUAAAUGUGAGAGCCGGUGUUCAAAUGCAAGUGAGAACAUUUUCCUCUGGUGCUUUUCAAAAUAAACUGACAAACCGUU